UUCAUUUAGUCGGUGUACCAGCUAAAAAGUACAAUGGGAUCUGACAAGGGGCUUGCACUUGACAAAAACCAUCCCAUUAUUUUCGGACAGAGGUGAACAUAAUAGACUGUUUUCGAUCCCGUGACUACAUCCGGGGCAACCGGCCAUGUUGGAUGGGUUCACUCUACUGACGCGCUGUUCACUCUAUGGCUUUUGCAUACAGACCGGAGUUACAUAAAUGUUCGUGUGACUGUUAAAAGUGACGCGGGACGCCUAAAAAGACUUUGGAAAGUUAUCGGGGCUCAUUGGAUGUUGUUUCAAAAAACUGUUAUGACAAGAAGUGUGCUUUGAUCGGCAAUAUCGACCCAUGUGCCUUGGACAAACGCAAAUGGAGCACACAAAUGUGGGCGUCGGUUACCAAGCCAGACAUCGUCAACUUUCUCCUCUUCUCUACGAGCGCUUAUACCGUGGACCAACUAAAGAAUUACAAAGGUCAGGAGACCUACAACCAAUUGUAUCCAUUGUAAGCAACCUGUCACCACACUACUAAGCAUUUUGUGGGAGGACGUGGCCCAACGGAGCAAUUCCCCGACCCAGUUCCAGCAGAUGCUUGCGAACGUGGGCCACCAAGGAAGCUGCUCCAGAAACGUUCUUGUCCCGAUAGGACGGACGUUAGCUCGCGGAAGAAGGCAAAAACGUCUCCCCUGAACGAAAACAGUACCAUAGUGAAUUUAGUGCCAACUGCAGUAGAUGAAGUACCACCACAAGCUACACAGACAGAAGAAGAACCACAGAGCUAACGUGAUUGCGUGACAAUGUGUAAAGUGCGAAACCUGAGGACGUUGGUGAGGCAGCGGCGCAACGCGGCCGUGGAAGAGAUAUUGGAGUUGUUCGAGAGGACGAUAGCGGAGUACGAGGGGAAACUUCUCCGGAGCAAAGAGGAGAACGAGCCACGGCAACGGAAACAACUGGAUGCAGCUCUUAAGCCAUCAAACCAAGCAGCCGCGCAGCGGGUGCCGGCGGCGCGCCGGGAAGAAGAAGAAGAAGAAGAAGAGGUCCGCGUCGAGCAGCAGGAAGAGCCGGCAGACUCCUUCCGCAUCAAAGAGGAAGCGGAGGACGUGCGGAUCGGCCAGGAUGGGGAGCGGCUUCGAGGUCCGGGGCCAGUCGCCGACGUCAACUCGUGGACUGGUGUCCUUGUGAAGAGCGAGGAUGAUGACGGCACGCAGCGGGUGUUGGCGGGGCGUCAGGAAGAGCAGGCGCCGCAUCCCGGCAUCGAUAAAGAGGAGAAGACGGGGAGGAGGCCGAUGCGGUCACGUUCUCACUGACGGGUGUCUGCGUGAAGAGCGAAGAGGAUCACGGGCUGCCUUCACCGCUUCAUCACGGACAAAACCGAGAGAAGCCAAGUCAGCACGUGACAGCAGAAGCUGACGGACGACGCCGCGGAGAUCCGCGCUCGCAACCAGACAACUUUGCGAGACGAUCGGACCGGGUGACGGUGUCACAGUCUUCGGAGACAGAAAGCAGUGACGAGACCAGAGAACCUUCGCGGACUAAUGAGAAGUCCAAAGGGAUGACAUCGAAAAGAGCGGAGGUAUCGAGGAGGUACCGGGAACGUCGUGACGCUGACCCGGACAGAAGAAGAAGGUACCUUGAGAAAGAAAGGGACAAAAGGAAAAGGCACAAAGAGAGCGGAAAGAAGAAGAGCGUCCGUGAGCUCGGUGAGACGGAAAAGUCGGCGAUAAGGAAGGAAUGGAGGGAGGACAAAAGUCAAGCCCGAGCCAGAAACGGGGCCAGCGGGGCCAGCGCUUUGCUGCAAUCGGAGACCGCGUCCAACCUCCCCGCCGCUGCGGGUUUGACCCCAAAACAGCUCGAGCCGGGGCACUUUUGGUUGGUUCAGUGGAAGUUGGCCUGAUCUGGAGUUCACUCGCCUACGUUUGUGUGUCCCCGUAAGAUGACAUAUGCAAUGAAAUCCUCACAAAUAUGUUGUGUUUCAAGCAAUGGGGGUUACGGGAACGUAUUUGAAGGAAUUUCAAAAAAAAAAAAUUUUAAAAAAAUGGGGGGGACAGAUUGACAUAUUGGAGGGGCACCGACGUGUCGGUAUGGAAGGGCGUGGAAUGCAAAUUGCAAAACUGAGCCACGUUUCUACGAAGGGAGAGAAAGUUUGGAGACUGCUGAUCUUUCUGUAAUAUUUGUAUUUUUUUUUUUUUACAUUUUUAAAAAAAAAUUCUCAUUGUACACUUUAUUAAUCAGGCCGUUCCAUGACAUUUUACAUGUCCGCCUUGUCGUCGGAGAGUUUGUCUUUAAAAAAGAAAAAAAAAACUUUGUGAUUGUUUUGUAAUAAUUGUCAUAUAUAUUUUUUAUUUGUUAGAGCUGCCGUCGUUAAAAAUUGCUGUACUGUAUAAACAAAGUAGUUAUUUUCAGGUUUCUCUGAUCAUAAAUUAUUUUCAUAUAAUGACAAAAAUCUACUGUGUGAGUCCUUUAUAACCAAGCGAGUAUUUUGAGACGAAAAGAUGGAAAGAGGAUCAAAUACAUUUCGCGGAUUUGCUUAUCCAAAUGACAUUCGCUCAAAUUUAUUGCUUAGAAAGGAACUAAAACGUGUGAAAAUGUACAUUUUAUAAUCAUUCAUAAAUGACAACAUAUUUACGUUCCAUUGAACUUGGGUGGGCUGAUUUUGCAUGUAAAUUGUCUGCUUGCUAGCAGUAACUUAAAAAAAAAUGAAGUGCAAAUUUAACGACUGAACAUAAAUUUCUCACUGCAUAACAUCAUAAGAUGAUAUAAAAUCAGUUUGCUUUAUGCUAACAUCUGCUGCAAAACUGCAUAGGCGGGCUAACAGACAUUAGCAUUGAUGUUCUGGUAAUUUUAAACAUAAAAAAAUACUUAAACA